GCUCGUAGCUGACUAGCCAAACGUGAGUUGGAAAUGUUUUGCAUCAAGUAACGUUAAGAGAAAGCUAAUGUUUUUUUUAAAACCUCUUCCUCAAUCAGGUGACGAUGACUGAAACUGGGAAGGCUGUUGGAAGCCCUGUGAAUGAUGACAGCAGUGAGCAGGGAGUGGGGGGCGGUAAAGAGUGUCCAGGACAAGCGAACAGUACCCUGACCCCUGCCCAGCGAGACAUGCUGGAAAGAUGUCUGCACGCCCUCAUCCACGCGAAGAACGACAGCCAUACAUUGGCUGCGCUGCUUCUGAUCACGCGUGUGUGUCCUGCAAAUCAGCUGGACAGUGCGACGCUGCGGCGUGUGUUUGAGGCGGUAGGGCUGGGCCUCCCGGCACGCCUGCUGGUGACGGCGGUGCGGGGUGGUGCAGGCUCCGAACUGCCGCCUGAAGAGCUUCUCUCCUUGGGCGCUGCCCUGCUCGCCGCUCUCAGCACCGACCCAGGCAUGGCUGCUCACCCUCAGCUCCUCAGCACCAUCCCCCUGCUGCUGGGCCUGCUGGCAGAUGGGCCUACCUGGACUCCCCAGAGUCAAGGCCAAGGGCAGGCCGAGACAAGUCCAGAACAGGAGAAGGGCCAAACCUCUCAGGUCUCACACACAAACGGAGCAGGUUCAGACAGACACGAAGCUGCACCACAGGUGGAUGCUAACGGGUCCAAACUAGAUCAGGAUGCAGCAAGACCUGGAGAGCCAGGUGAGCAUCAAGGUCCAGAGGAGUCUCUCGGCUCAGAAGAAAAAGGGAAGUCGGGAGUCACGAAACCCCAGGGUCCAGCCACUCAGCUGGACGAGGCGCUGGCUGCGGACUGCUAUCAGGUUCUGAGCACCGUGUGCGCCUCUGCCAGGGGACCAGAGCAGCUGCUGUCGCGAGGGGCGAUACCGGCGUUAUGCAGGGCGGUCAGUCGGAACCAAACCCUAAGCAGAGAGAGAGGACUGCCGCUGCUGGGCCACCUGCUCUCGAGCCGGAUCCGACCCACAGCCUGGAGCAAACACCCGGCUGACCUCUUGUCCUUGCUGGCUGGCAUCUCCUCAGAGUUCUGCCAGGCGUCGCACCUGGACCGGUUAGAGAUUUGCAUCCGGUUGCCACAAUUCCUUCCCCUGCCUGGUGGGGUGCCGGAGAGUGAGGAUCUCAGGGGGAUUGUGAGCCAACUGUGGGAGGCGCUCAGACCCAUUUUGCAGGCUAAAGUUACCCCGGCCCAGCUAGGGCCACUUUUUGUGAUGUCUGCCUGCCUGUUGGACCUGUUUGGUUGGGAGCUGGUGGGUUCGCCAAAGUUCUGUUGCCUGCUGGUGAACCGAGCCUGCGUGGAAGUACGGAUGGGCCUGGAGGAGCUGCCCGGUACAGACCUCUCCCCCGAGCAGCAACAAGUGCUCACCGCCUGCUACCGCAUCAUGGAGGCUGCCAUGGAGCAGGCCUGCAGCCAGGGCCUCAUCCGUGAUGCUGCCCAGCCGCAGACUGCCAUCACUGGGCUGAGUCUGCAGCAGAGCAGGCAGGUCCUGGGAAUCCUGGAGGAGGCUUUCUCUGCAGUCAUCUACUAUCUGCAACAGGUGGAUCAGAGUCACUAUGGUGACCCCUUUCUCUUUGCCACCUUUCGGUCGCUUUGUGCCUGGCUGGCUGAGGAGACUUCCUGUCUCAAAGAGGAAGUCACUGCCCUGUUGCCCUUCCUUGUUAAUUAUGCCAAAGGACAUCUGGAGGGAGGCAGCGGAGAUAAAGGCCUGGCCAGCUGGAUGUCAGAGAUGUCUGUGAGUGACAGCUCACAGGGUGGAGCCUGGACAGGCCAGGAGGCUCUGAGAUAUCUGCUUCCUGCUCUGUGCCAUCUGUCGGCAGAGGAAGCUCCCAGGCGGGUGCUGCUUACCUUGGACACACCAGCCCUGCUGGUGCAGUUUCUGGGGAGUGGCUGGGGUGCCCUGAAGCACAGAGGGGGAGCGCCACGGACCCGGGAUCCCAGCUUGGAAACAGCCUGCUCUGCCUUGCUCAACUUCACUGUCACAGAGCCAGACAGGGUCAGGAAGGAUCCAUGUUUUUCUUCUCUCCAGUCUGUGUUGAGUGAUGCACUUCCUGUCCUCUUGCACAAGCCCCGCCUACUAGUCCUAGCAGCCAAUUUCUGCACGUUGGGGCUCAUGAUUGACAGGCUGAAACCUGCAGGCAGUGGUCCCGUGGAGCCAGCUCAGCGGCGGUUUUUCGCGGCAGCCCUGCGUUUCCUGGCGGGGGCGCUGAGCGCCACGCCCGGCCCGGGUCCGGCGCAGGUGAGCGCGGCGUGGCGGGAGUGGUGGGAAGAGGCGGCGGAGCUCUGGAGGCUGGGGCUGCAGGCGUUUGCCGGGUGCGUGCGCGCGCAGCCCUGGGUGGCCGCCGUCGCUAGGGAGAGCGGGUGGCUGGGCGACACCCUGGCCCUGCUGGCGUCCUGCAGCGCCCUCCCCGACCCCCACUCACAGGGGGUGCUAGAGGAGGCCCUCGCCGCGCUGGCGCAACACUGCUCUCUCUGUCAGCAGGAGAUCCGUGCCUCCAUGGCGGAGAAUGACAAGGGAGUGCUCCACAGCAUGGUCCAGCUACAGGAGGCGCUGGCAGAAUGACUCGCAGCACAUUCUCUCAGAUGAAAGGACAGACUGCAUGGAUUUAUCCUGCAUGGAUAAAUUCUCACUGAUCUAAAGACUGAUGCACAGCCGUUAUUUGAGGAGGACACACAAACUUACAUAGAUGAAUGGCGCACCUGACAUUCACAAAUAUAGCUAUUUUUGUACUGUUUGUAAUUAAGUUGAACUGAGUGGGCUUAAAUGGUCUAUCGGGGCAAAAUCCUUUUUGCAUCAAUAAAGAUUCAGUUUGAU